AAAAAAAAAAACAAUAUAAAUCACAUCAACACAUAUCGGUAUAUAUAAAAUCUAUCAAACAAUCCUCUCUCAUCAUUAAUUAUAGUACAAGCAGCAUGAGGAAAAAGAAAAAAAGAAAAAAAAAACAGUCGACAGUAAGUUGAUGCUCUGAGUUUGUGUCAAUUACUUGAUUUGUUUUUUCUUACUUAACCUAAUACGUUAAAUUAACUAAACAAUAACAAUCAUAUUCAGUCCAUUGUGGCAUGGAAUGUUGUAUUUCAAGUGUUUGAUAUUGAUAUUGUUACUGUUGUUGUUGUUGUGUUGGUGCUCUUACUCAUUUACUUCUUAAUAUGCUCGCUUUCGUGUGUUCUCGAUGCUUUACGUUAGUCAUUUGAUAGUUGGAUAUAUAUACAGUAAUAAUGAUAUAAAAACUUGUUUUCUUUUUUCUUCGAACGAAAUUUGAUUCUUUAUAAAUAUAUAAAAUGACAACAAAUGAUAACAGUGUGUCUAUGUGUGACGUGUAUUUCUUUAGCAUUUUCAUAUUUGAUUACAAUAUAAAUCAAUUUUAAAAUAUUUUUCUAGGUUUAAUUCCACUUCAUCUUGCUGGCGCAUAUUCAACAGGAUUACCAACUACUUAUGGUAUUCAACCAAUCUAUUAUCAACAACCAUCGACAGCAGCAUUAUUAGCUGCAGCUACAAAUUCACAAAAUCUUAAUACAUUAAUACCAAAUCAAACAACAACUUCAGCAUUAAAUGGUGGUAUUCAUUCGACACAGAAUCAAUCUAAUGGUGCACAAUCAUAUUAUGAAUUAACUUAUGCAACAACACCAACGAUUGAACAACCAUCGUAUAUAUAUACGACAGCUUCUGGGCAAACAUUUUCGUAUACACAAAUACCGACAACAGCAUCGCAAUCAUCAGCAGGUCCAGCAAAUUUAAAUGAUGUUUAUGGUAAUCAUACAACAAAAUAUAUUAUAGAUGAUCAUAAUGGAUCAGUUGAUCGUGAUCAUCAUCAACGUGCAACAGCUGGCUGGUAA